CUCCUCCGGUUUGGAUUGCUCAACAAUGUGUGCUUGAGAUCUCUGCUGCCUCCAUUUAGGCUUUUGUUUCCCCCCAUGGGUUCCCCAUCACAACUUUGUUGUCCACCAUGGUUUUCCCAUUCUUUGUUGGGUGGUUUCCCAUUUAACUUCCAGCAUUUCUCUUGAAUGUCUUGGUUUAUUGCAGUAAGUGCACCAAAGACUAUCUCUGUUCUCCUGAGUUUCUUUACCCCCGAACUUGGACAGAUCUCUCAUCUCCUUCUCUUGUUGGUUGGUCCUUGUUGCUAGGGCUGAUCCGUCAGCUUGUGGUUCAAGCAUGAAUUCCUCCUACUUUCUUCUAUUCUGAUCAAAGAGAUCACUUCUUCAAGUGAUGGUGUGUCUUCUUUGCCAAGUAUUUGAAUCCUGACUUGAUCAAAUUCAGGAUUUAAACCAGCCAAAAAAUUAUAGACUCGGUUUUUUUGAAUGAAACUUUAUAAGAUAGUUGCAUCUGUAAGGCACUUCAUCUCGAAAAUUUGAUAAGGAUCAAGUUCGUGCCACAAAUUUUGCAAUAUAUUUGCAUAUUUAGUGACAGAUUUGUUUCCUUGCUUUGUGGCUGAGGUUUUAACCUUGAUCUGGUAUACUUGAGCCGCAUCACGAGCCUUCGAAUAAGUGCGGCAAACAAACUCCCAUAUCUCUUUUGCAGUGGAGAGAAACAUGCAUGUGUCACUGAUCAUUGGGUCCAUAGAUUCCCAUAGCCAUGACAUUAUCAUGGAAUCUUCCUCAUUUCAAGUUCCAAAUGUUGGCUCAUCUACAGCAGGACCUGCUUCAAUGAGGUGUUUGAGUCUCCCUUUGCCCUUCAGGUAUGUUCGGACAAAUUGAGACCACUUGAGAUAGUUUUUUUCAUUGAGUCGAUAUGGUGCCUGGAUAUUCUGCAGAUGUCCAAUUUUUUGGACAAAAUUGGACUCAUCGGAGGAGUUAACAAUGGUGGUGUCAUUAUUUGAGGUUUUGUCAUGAUGAAGGAAAGGGAAUUGCAAAAGAGAAUAAAAAGGUCGUUCAAUCAAAGGAAAUACAACAAUUAAGGCUGUUUGAUCAGAAACACUUGCAACGAUGAAGGUUGCACACACUGGGAAGAGCAAUUUAGGCUGAAAUAAAAUAGAACAAGGGUUUUAGAUUUCUGAGAGAAACCUAAAGCUCUGAUACCAUGACAAGAAAGAUGAAUUGAAUAAUUAUUUGCUGUCUAUCCUUUGAUUAUACAAGGCCAUAUAUAGGGUAUUUACAAGAGAUAAAGGGAAACUAAAUCAAGGAAAUCAAGUAAAAGAUACAGAAAAUAUAAUGAUAAAGAAGGUAACUAUAUCCCAUAAUUAGAGAAACUAUAUUCCAUAAUUAUAGAGAUUCCUCCUAAUCUAUAAUAUGUACAUUUCGACACAAACAAACAAGGAGCUGUCCAAGUCAUUCAGACAGGAGGAAGAACCAUCUGGUCAGCAGGAGGCGUCCAGACCUCAAUCUAUUAUGAUAACCUGAUUAGUUGAAUUGCUUCUUUUAUCUCAAAGUUUUGUUUUCUUUUCGGAUGAGAAGCAAUCACAUGUUUGUGCCUGGGGGUCUUGACUCCAAAUUUCUCUUACAAAUGAUUGCAGUUGCUUACAUGCUAACAUAUUAUGUUAUCUUGUUUUUGUUUAAACUUUAAGACAGAUUCUAACCUCUCUCUCUCUCUCUGUGUUGAAGUAUUACAAGUCCUACUUGCAGUGUCUUACAAUUCCUAUACUUUUUGCUGGGUUUUAUCUUCCCCAGGUGAAUUGAAAUUCUCAUAUUUUGCAGCUAACGAGCUUGCAUUUUAGAUCUCAAUUUGUCAGGAAAAACCGUAAUUUUGUUCUUGUUGUAAACUGUACAAGUGCUAUGUAGAAUCUGACUGCUUGUUCUGUACUCGAAGCCGCUAUUGGUCAAUGAAACAAUUACUGUUGAACAAUUUUCUUGUAAUACAAAGAAUGGCUUCUACUGUUAUUAACAAAUUUAUCCUCUAACAUCCAUAAAUAAGAUGAUGUCGCUCGAGAACUAUUGGUCAUGUGUAAUUGCUGAUGAUCAGGGAAGUUUGCUAUACUGGGCAGCUAAUAGUUCUUUAACCCUUGUUCAGCAAUUAGCUUUCAAGCAUCCACUUGUUCGUGAGAAGUUAGGAUUACCUGACAAGUCAGCUCCAGUGGAUCCUAGAAACUCUCGUGAAAUGGAUGGACUAGAAGCCACGUUCACGGUCCCUUUAGUUAAAAAACCUAUUCAAGGCCUAUCAGUGCUAGAACUUUUUAACCUCUCUAUCAAACACCUAUCAAAGGGGGAACAAGAUAGAGCAGUUCGACUUCUAAGAUUGGCACUUGAAAAGGACCCUGAAUAUGCCAGAGUAUUGAUCGUUAUGGGGCAGCUAUUGAUGAAGGAUGAAAAAUUGGCCGAGGCUACUGAAUAUUUGGAACGUGCUAUCUCCAAACAGCUUCUUCUCACAGGCCAUCCAACAGAAGUUGAGGAAAUUGAUCAUUUAAUUCUAGCAUCUCUGUGGGCAGGUGUGGCUCUUGCGAAGCAGGGUAAAGUUGCAGAAGGAAUCGUACACCUAGAAAGAAUAGCAAAUAUGAAAGAGCCAGAGGAUACGAAGAGCAAAACCCAUUAUUGUGAUGGUUUGUUUAUGCUUUCAAGUGCUUUAGCAAGCAUAGGACGCGAUGCUGAGGCGGCAAAAUAUUUGCAGAUCUUAACUACUUAUGAUCCAGCUUACGCUACAUACUUGAAAGAUCUUGAAAGCAAAGACAACAAUUUUGCAGAGGAUCUUGCAAAUAGCAAGAGAAAAGAUUACUGAGAGCACAUUUCAUAAAAAAGAGUUCAGUUUUCUCUACAAAGGUAUGAAAAGUUCAUUAUAAUCUGUCACCCUUUCAACAAUUUGGAUGGCAUAAUUGCACAAAAGUAUAAUAUAUAUUUUUAUUUUAGGCAUCAUACUUUCAAAAUACAUAAAUAAGACUGUUCGCUUUGAAUCUAGUAGAACAGGUACCUUGUUUGACUUCUAAAGUCAGAGCAUUAGUUAYUUUAGUUCGUUGGUUCUUGAUAAGGCACAAUAACUUUUUUGUACCUCUUGUUMUUGUGGUAGAGGAAAGGUCUGCGUACAUGCUACCUCUAUAUAAGAUAUGUUGGGUUGGUUUUGUUUGGCUCUUGCUAGAUGAUGUAAAUUGGCUAAUUUCUUUCAAAGCGUUUGACCAUCAAAG